AUGAUGCAGCAACAGCAGCAGCAGCAGCCUCUGCCGCCCCCUCCGCCGCAGCACCCGCCGCCGCAGCCCGGCGGCGGCGGCGGGGACUUCUACCGCGGCCCGCUGCAGCCGCCGAUGCGGCAGCUCUCUGCGGCGUCAUCCACCAACCUCGCGCCCGACUACGCCGGCCACCCGGGACCCCAGCAGCACCAUCAGCAGCAGCAACAUCAACAGCAACAGCAGCAGCAGCCGUUCGACGCCUAUGGGGACAAUUUUGGCGCUAAGAGGAUGCGGAAGCCUGUCCAGCGACGAACAGUGGACUACACGAGCUCUCUCGUCCGUUAUGCUCAGGCUCGCAUGUGGCAGCGGGAUGCAAGGGAUAGAUUCACGUUGCAGCCAACCGCAGCUGCUGUCCUGGAUAUGUUGCCUUCUGUUGCAUACCCAGACAACCCCUCUACAAGUUUUGCUGGGAAAUUUGUUCAUUCAUCUAUCAAUAAGAACCGGUGCUCCAUAAACUGUGUCGUGUGGACUCCUACGGGACGCCGGCUUAUUACUGGAUCACAGAGUGGUGAAUUCACCCUAUGGAAUGGACAAUCUUUUAAUUUUGAAAUGAUUCUUCAGGCUCAUGAACAAGCCGUGAGAUCAAUGAUUUGGAGUCACAAUGAAAAUUGGAUGGUUACGGGUGAUGAUGGUGGUGCAAUAAAGUAUUGGCAAAGUAACAUGAACAAUGUCAAAGUGAAUAAAACUGCACACAGAGAAUCAGUCCGUGACUUGAGCUUUUGUAGAACAGACCUGAAGUUCUGUUCAUGUUCUGAUGACACAACCGUGAAGGUUUGGGACUUCGCAAGAUGCCAAGAAGAAAGAUCCCUAACUGGCCAUGGUUGGGAUGUUAAAAGUGUCGAUUGGCAUCCCACAAAAUCUUUACUGGCUUCAGGUGGGAAAGACUAUCUUGUAAAACUCUGGGAUGCAAAAAGUGGUAGGGAGCUACGUUCAUUCCAUGGUCAUAAAAAUAUUGUGCAGUGUGUAAAAUGGAAUCAGAAUGGGAACUGGGUUUUGACUGCGUCUAAGGAUCAGAUUAUCAAGUUAUAUGAUAUUAGAUCCAUGAAAGAACUUGAAUCCUUCCGUGGGCACAAUAAGGAUGUAACUGCUUUGGCAUGGCAUCCAUUCCACGAAGAAUACUUUGUUAGUGGGAGCUAUGAUGGUGGAAUCUUUCAUUGGUUGGUCGGCCAUGAAGCCCCACAAAUUGAAAUAAAUAAUGCACAUGACAAUAGUGUGUGGGACCUUGCCUGGCAUCCAGUGGGCUAUCUACUUUCCAGUGGUGGCAAUGAUCAUGCUACAAGAUUCUGGUGUAGAAACAGGCCUGGCGAUCUUACCCGUGAUAAAUUCAACAGCGGACAGAUCCAAGGUUAUGGUGACCAACACUCUGCUUUUGCUGGUCGAUUCCAGAUGCCUGAACAAACACCUGGGCCAUUUGCUGGUACAAUACCUGGCAUUGGUGUUGCAAUGCAUCUUGUUGGAUCUGAUCAUGGAGAACAGAGGCCAUCUAUACCUGGUCUUCCACCUGGCCCGCCUCCGUUGCCACCAGGUCCUCAUCCAUCUCUUCUACCCACUGGGCAGCAGCAACACUAUCAACAGAUGCCUCAGCAGCAACAUUCUCAAUUUCGGCCACCGCCUCCAAAUAUGCCACCGCCAGCACACAUUCUUCAACAUCAACAAGGACCUCGAUCAUCACUUCCUCAGCUUCCAUCGAUGCCAGGUUCCAUGCCAGGGCCAUCACCAGUGAACCCACCGCUACCACCCAUGCCACACCCAAUGGCAAUGCAAGGUUCGUCAACCCAGAUGAUGCCUCAAAUGCCACAACACUUGAUUGGCCUGAACCAGAAUCAUCCGGGUUCCAUCCCUCCCGGCAAUAUGCCUCCAAUGGGCAGCUUCCCGAACGGAAUGGGAAACAUUCAAGGUUCCUCAGGUGCUUCUGGCAUGCAAAACUUUCCUAUGGGCAGUAUGUACAACCGGCCUCAGGGCCAGAUGGCUCCACAAGGACAGAUGUCAUCCAUUCCUGGUCUAGGUUCUUACCAGGGAUGGGCAAUGUUGGCCUUCCACCACCGCCACCACAGCAUCCUCCGCCUCGCGGUGCAGCACCACAGUGAAAUCAUGUAA